AUGACUAAGAGGAUCAAGAAGGCUAGAAUCGUUGGAAAGUAUAGUACCCGUUAUGGUGCCAGUCUGCGUAAGCAGAUUAAGAAGAUGGAGGUUAGCCAGCAUAGUAAGUACUUUUGUGAGUUUUGUGAAAAGUAUGCAGUAAAGCGGAAAGCAGUGGGAAUUUGGGGGUGCAAAGAUUGCGGCAAGUCAAAGCCAGGUGGCUCAUUGCACACCGGAGGUGCAAAGAGUGUUGUAGUGACAAUUCAAAAACUGAGGGAGCAGACUGAGAGUUAG